GUGGCGCUCUCGCGCAGUCUGGCGUCGUCGGCCGACAGGUGUACAUUGAGGGUGUGUUUAAUCGUGACUUUCUUUUAUUUCUUUAUACUCUCAACAGUUUUAAUCGUGACAUCGUUUGCUUUUAUGUCUCUCGCGAGACUCGUUUUUUGAGUGUUGUCGCGAAGUUUGUAUCUGUAGUACAAUGAUAGUAAGCGAAAACUAGUUAUGCCAGUCGAUGAGAUUUUGUGACUUCUAUCGUGGAAAAUUUCGUUCGAUGGUCUCCAAUUAAUACAAUGGGUAAUAAGGACAAUAUUUCUUUGAGGAAUCGAAGAAUUCACUUGAAAUUCAUAAAUUCUUCCGCAUCUUUUUACUGGAUCGCGGAGAAGUUGAUCUCACAUAGCAUGGAUUAAAGGACAGAAUUUUGUCGGAUUUGCAUUUUUAUCGGAAAACCUUGGUUGUUUAUGGUACUGCUAUGUUACAUGAAUCGAAUGAAUAAUGGAACGCAAGGUUUGAUCGAAGAAAACUCGACCGCAUACUUAAUGAAAGGCAAAUCCCUUGAUUCCAAUCGAACUUAGUCCACAUGGAUGGAAUAAGCCAGAAGGGCUAAGAGUCCAUCCUAGUUGCCAUCCUGGUCCUCAACUGUUUUCUCAUCGAAUUGCUUUCGACGACUGGGGACUGGAUUAAUUUUGUUCUGGCCAAACCGUGUGAAAAGUCUUGGAUAAUCGGGGACGAGGAUGGCCAGGAGCAGCGGCUCUACAAACGCGCACCGGCGAUGCACCGAUCGCACCAUCGUCGUUCAUCGCGAUGCCGUUGUCGCAGCUUGUAGUACGUCUGUUCGCGAAUCACGAUCGAUCGGAAUCGGGUACGAUAGAAACGGCCACGGCACUGCUACCUCUGCCUACACUGGCUACGCUGCCAAUUUCGAUCAGGGAGAGGGCACGGUCGAUUAGAGUCGCCCCUUUCGAUACAACUGCCGAGCAGCACGUGAUUCACGUUACUAUAGAGGAACUAUAUACGAAGACCUUGACAUAUUCGAUGGCAUAUUGCUCGCUCUUACACGCGCGAAUGCUUAAAUAGUGCAAACGACGAAUUAUCGACCACAUCGCUGCUGUAUCUAUGUAUUUACGUGGCAAGCAGACGUUACUAGGCCCGUGACUUUCCAACAAAAAGUCCGAACGUCGAAGCGAAAACCUUCGUCACGGCCGGGGCCAAUCAUCGGCACAGCUGGAUGUUAAUCAAUAAGAAUCUUUUUCCGCGAUUGGUUCACCCGACACCGCGAAAUAUAGAUCCAUACGAAUCUGAAAUUUAGGAAAGCCUUAUUGUUUCAGAGAUGAGAAAUUGACGAGCGGAAGGAAUUUGAGUUUGAUUGAUUGUAGGCCUGUAUUUCCUCUCGUACGAUUACAAAUAUAGCGUUCAUAAAUUUUUAUUGCUAAUCGAAACUCUCAUAACGCAAAUCUAUUUAUAGAGGAGCAUGUUUAUCGAAAAAAAACGAGAUAUAUUGAAGUACGAAGUAAAAAUUCGGUUAAGAAAAUUAUAAGAAUAAAAAAUACAUCAGGAAAUUAUCAUUAUCAAAUAUAAUCAUAAUGUAAUUGAACAAAGUUUUAGAAAACCUGAUAUUAAUUUCAGAAUAUUAUAUUAUUAUAGAUUUAUAAUAAGAACAUUAAAAUUAAUGCUAUUGUGUGUUGUUGAUUUGUCAUCAUCAAAAUCAUAAGUGAGUACAUUUUUUACUUUUAAGCCACUAUAGUGGCCAAUUUCUCGCACAAUAAUAAUUAGAAAUAUCCAUAACUUAAUGAUCGAAUAUGGAAGGAAGUUUGCAUUCUGAUCGGAUUUAUUCGAUUUAAAGUGAUUGGUGGAGAGAAUAUUAGAUUUAAAAUAUCUGAUCAAGGAAUUGAAUGAAUAGAUUUGAGGUUGAAGAGGUCAUUAAUAGGGAAUGCUUAAUAAAAUGGAAAUUAUAAUAAAAUAUUAAAAAGUUGACAGAAAGUAAAAGUUUUUAAAGAUUUGGAUGGAAUUGUAGGAUUUGAGUGUAAUUAGAUUGUAAUAAAAAGUAAUAAAAAUGAUAGAUGGUUGUCUGAUUUGUUAAAGACAAAAUGAUUGGUUCUGGGAAAAUGGGAAAAUAAUCUUGCUGAAAUAUAAAAACAUUAUAUUUCGUAAUCAGUUAAUAAUUUAAUAUUUUUCAAAAAAGAAUUCUGCAAACUAUACAUUUAUAAACAAACAUGUAUAAUAUUAAUCAUUAAGUAUUUUAUUUUAUCAUUAAAUUCACAAAUAUAUUUGCCAGUUUGAUAAAAAGCACACUUGAAUCAAUAUAUUACAUUAAUUUAAAUUCCAUAUAUUCUGUUUUAUAAAAAAAAAAUUUAUCUUGCCUCCGUUUAUGUUGCAGAAAUUACAAAGACGAGUACAUCUCGCAAAAUGGGUACGUGCGGGGUCUACUUGUCUCAACUGCGAGCAAUGCUCGUGAGGAAUCUUCUCUUGAAAAAGCGUGAGAAACGGAAGACUACGGCGGAGAUUUUCCUCCCUCUUUGCACUCUAGGUGUGUUAAUUGUGGUGAAAGUAUUACCACCGAAUCCAAACUAUCCCGCAAUGACAACACAAAGACAAGAAGGUGGUAUAUUCGAGACAUUCAAUGGCUACAAGAACAAUACGAUAGCUGUUGUUCCAAAUUCAACAGAAACUUUGGCCUUUUUAAAUUCAAUGAAUGCUCUAUGGUUAUCAAUGUGGGAUUAUCCUGGCAAGCUUCCUUUAAAUUUCAUGGUAUUUGAUACGAAGGAUGAUUUGCAAGCAGCAUAUUGGAGAGAUCCAUAUAGUGUUCCCCUAGCAGUAAUCUUCGAAGAUUCUCAACCUAUAUCUCAACAUCUCUUAUAUGAGAUAAGAACAAAUCCAUCAUAUACGAAUCCACCUUCGCCGACUGAAUUGUAUUCUGCCCCAGUUACUUGUCGGAAAGAUACGAGCCACUGGUUAGGUGGUGUAUUGUCAAUAGAGACUGGUGGAUCAUGUCCUGCGAAUAAUUAUUUGCACUCAGGUUUCUUGGCGUUACAAAUGAUAAUGGACAUUACAAAGAUAAGAUUAGAUACGAGGAAUACAGAUAUAACUGUACCGGAUAUUAAAUUAGAAAUGUUUCCUAAAGAAGCUUUCACCGCAGACUGGAUGUUGGCCUUUAGAGUUGUUAUACCACUUUUUAUGGUCCUGGCCAUUUCACAAUUUGUUACUUAUCUUCUGAUCCUGAUAGUUGGUGAAAAAGAAAAAAAGAUUAAGGAAGGAAUGAAGAUAAUGGGCCUAAAAGAUUCGAUUUUCUGGUUAUCAUGGUUCAUUAUCUAUAGCGUUUUUGUUUUGUUACUUUCUGCUGUCGGAGUAAUAUUACUUUUUACACUACAAAUGUUUCAACACACACACUUUUUACCAAUAUUUCUUUUAGUAGUACUAUACAGUUUCUCUAUAAUCAUGCUCGCUUUUAUGAUAACACCUUUCUUUGAUAAGUCACGAACUGCCGGUGUACUUGGCAAUUUCGCAGUCACAAUAAUGAGCUUGAUGUACUUUAUUCAAGUCUUUGUGAACGAUUCUAGUUCUGUACCAUUUUGGUUGGUUUCUCUUCUUAGUCCAACAGGAGUUGCUUUAGCUAUGGAUAAAGCGCUUGUAUUAGAUUUGCAAGGAGAAGGAGUUAAUUUUGAUAAUCUUUGGUCAGGUCCUGGUAUACCAUUUGGAGGAAGCCUUAUUAUGAUGACAUUAGACAUAAUUCUCUAUGCUUGCUUAGCUUACUAUUUUGAUUGUGUCAUACCAAGUGAAUACGGAACGAAAAGAACUCCUUGGUUUUGCUUCACACCUGAAUUUUGGUGUCAAAGAAAAGCUCCACGGGUACCAUCAUCAAAUGGUGAAUCGAACUCUUUUAUUCCUGGUGAAGAAAUUAAUCGCGAUGUUGAACCAGUAGUGCGUGAAAUGAAAGGUCGUGAAGCAAUUAGAAUAGUUGAUCUUUACAAAUCCUAUCAAAAAUGUCGUAAACCAGAAAUUAAAGCUGUAAAUGGUAUUAAUUUAACGAUUUACGAAGGCCAAAUCACAGCGAUACUUGGACACAAUGGAGCUGGCAAAACUAGUCUUUUUAAUAUAUUAACUGGUUUGACUGCACCUACCGCUGGCACUGCCUUGAUUUUUGGUUACGAUGUUCGGGAUUCUAAUGAUAUGCAGAUGAUCAGAAGUAUGACGGGCGUUUGUCCACAACAUGACAUUCUUUUUGAUCUUCUUACACCUCGCGAACAUCUUGAAUUUUUUGCUGCUGUACGUGGUAUUCCACGAUCAAUGAUUGAACACGAGGUGAAUAAAACUUUAAAAGAUAUCGAUUUAACUGAGAAGGCAGAUACUUUUGCAAAAUAUUUAAGCGGGGGACUGAAAAGGAAAUUAUCCGUAGGUAUCGCCAUUAUCGGUGAUCCAAAAAUUAUUAUUCUGGAUGAACCUACAGCUGGAGUUGAUCCUUACUCCAGAAGACAGAUGUGGUCUUUCUUACAAUCUAGACGUCACGGAAAAGUGAUUUUACUGACGACUCAUUUUAUGGAUGAAGCAGAUAUACUAGCAGAUAGGAAAGCAGUUAUUAGUAAAGGAAAACUAAGAUGCUGCGGUAGUUCUUUAUUCUUAAAAAAUAAAUUUGGCAUUGGAUAUCAUUUAACAUUAGUACUUGAAGGAAAUGCAAGAGAACACGCUAUUACUAGAUUGGUAAUGUCUCAUGUUUCAAAAGCAGAAAAAGCGAGACGUCAUGGCCGUGAACUGAGUUUUAUUUUACCUCAUAAUUCAGUAGAAAGCUUUGCACCACUUUUUUCAGCUAUAGAACAUGAGAUUAAAACUCGAUCAAGUAGAUUGGGUAUUAGUAGCUAUGGAGUAUCGAUGACUACUCUAGAAGAAGUAUUCUUACAUUUAGAAAAGGACGAAGGUCCUGAAUAUACGAUGGAUAAUUUAUCAAAAAAAAUGGUGCGCAAUCGUGCAUUAAGUAGAUCCUUAUCAUUACAGUCGAAAAGCACUUCUUAUCAAAGUUUGCAAAAUGAAGGUGUUACUGUCCAGAAUGAUGGUCAAGCAAAAGAGGCAGGAGAUUUACCGGAUGGCGUUCAUAGUGAUAGAAACCCUCCAGUUCUCGGCCUCGGAUUAGACCCCAUAAAAAUUCGGCCUAAUUUCAUUCAAACUUUGUAUGCUAUGCUUCGCCUAAGAAUACUCAGGCUUUUUAGGAACAUUCAGUUAUUAUAUUUCACUAUCGUUGCGCCUCUUUUUUUGAUAGUUCUUGGCCUUCAUUUACAUAGCAUUCAAACAGUCGAGAUCAAAAUGCAAUCUCUUAAAUUGAAUAACGAUACUUAUGGAAAUCAGACAAAAAUUUUGUACACAAAUAGUACUGACCACGAUAUCACAGAUUUAAUCGAUGGAAUAGGUCAAGAUGUAAAAUAUAUUAAAGAGUACCACGGAAAUUUUGCAAAUUUGUUAAAAAUCGCACCACAUGUUGCCGCUUUCAAUAUCAAUGAAUAUAGUCUAUCUAAAAUCAAUUUAAUUAUCGCAUAUAACGAUACUAUGCAACAUUCUCUACCAAUCUUGAUAAAUUUAUUAUCAAACACUUAUUAUAGGUUGAUCUCAGAUAAAGAUAAUUUAACACAUAUUGAAGUUAAAACACAUCCUUUCCAACAAACUUCUCAGCCACAAGAAUUUAAUAUUGGCACAGCGAGUUCUGCUCUAUUUAUUGGAAUGCAUUUUAUAUUAUUACCAAUAACCUUAGUUGUAGAUAUGGUUUAUGAUCGUGAAAUAAAAGCAAAGAAUCAACUUCGUGUUAAUGGUCUGUCAUUUUCUAUGUACUUUCUAACAUAUUUUAUUGUACUUAUCGGCCUGAUGACAUUUAUAAGUUUAUGCAUCCUUGGCAUCAUAUUUGUCUUUGAUGUGCCUUCGCUUCAAGAAAUACCAGCACUCAUUACCUUAGGUGGUCUUCUGAUGCUUUAUUGUCCAUCAUCCAUUCUAUUUUCGACGUGUUUGAGUUAUAUUUUUGACAAGAUGGAUUCAGCUCAAAGUAUUUUACCCAAUAUUGCUACGUUCUUUGGACUUAUACCAUUUAUACUAGUCACAACUCUUGAUAUGCUAGGUCUUAGUGGGACAGCAGCAUUCGUUUUACACGUAAUUUUUUCUUUAUUAAACACAUUAUAUAUACCAUAUGCUGCAGUAUAUUAUGUAGAAAGAGUACAUAUAAUGUGCUCUAUUAACGCUGCUUGUCAUCAUCUAACUAUGUCCGAUUAUUUAACCACGGAAAUCAUUUUAAUGGCCUUUGGUGUGCUUCUGCACUGUCCGAUGUGGUUUUUCGUACUUUUAUUAUUGGAUAUUAAAAAAACUGGUGGUAAUAUUGGCGAUAUAUUGAAGCAUUUUUUGCGUAAUGGUGGUUCAAUCGGUGAAGAAAUAAUGGAAAAUUCUGAUAUUGGAGAACAUGAAGAUGGAGAUGUUAAAAUUGAAAGACAGAAAGUUUUUAAUCUUAUUACUUCAUCAUCUGUUCAAGAACCACCUGUAGUUUUAGUACAGAAUUUAAGAAAAGAAUAUCGACAAAAGGAGUCAGGAUCAUGCAGUUGCUGUUCGAAACAAGAUGAAGAAGCUAACCAAAUACAACGAAAAGUUGCUGUAAGAAAUCUAUCAUUAGCAGUUGAACCAGGAGAAGUAUUUGGAUUACUUGGUCACAACGGUGCUGGCAAAACAACAACAAUGAAAAUUAUCAUAGCAGAAGAAGCAGCAACUCGAGGGAGAGUACAAAUUGGUGGUCAUAAUAUUAAUUCCAGUAUAACAGAAGCUUUUAAACAAAUGGGAUAUUGUCCCCAACAUGAUGCUCAAUGGAAGAAUAUUACUGUCAGGGAACAUUUAGAAUGUUACGCUGCGAUUCGUGGUGUACCGUGGGGAGAUAUUGACAGAAUUGUAGAUUUAUAUCUUACUGGUUUGCAAAUUCAUGAGCAUGCCGAUAAACAAACUCAAGAGUGUUCAGGUGGAACUAGAAGAAAACUUAGUUUUGCUAUGGCAAUGAUUGGAGGUCCAAAAGUUGUUUUAAUGGAUGAACCCAGUGCAGGAAUGGAUCCUAGAUCUAAGAGAUUUUUAUGGGAUACAAUUCUUGCUAGUUUUCAGGGUGGUAGAGGUGCGAUUUUAACUACUCAUUCAAUGGAAGAAGCUGAUGCUCUCUGUUCCAGAGUGGGUAUAAUGGUAAAAGGAGAGUUAAGGUGUAUUGGUUCUACUCAACAUCUGAAGAAUUUAUAUGGUGCAGGCUAUACUCUUGAAAUGAAACUUUUAGGCGGUGAUUGUACACCUACCACACCUUCCGGUGAUAGAAUUACAAGUUUGAAGGAAUUUGUUUCCAGUCUUUUUCCAGAUGCAACUUUAGAAGAAAGUUUUGCUGAUAGAUUAGUUUUUGCUGUACCCCAACAUGCAGUUAACUCGCUGGCCGAGUGUUUUAUGCAAUUGGAGAAAGCCAAGCUUGAAUUGGAUAUUGAAGAAUACAGUUUCAGCCAAACUACUUUGGAACAAGUUUUUCUUAAAUUUUCUCACUAUGAUGAAUCUAAUUCGGGAGAAUGAUAACUCACACAAAUGAAUGUGUUUAUUCUCAUGUGUUAUAUAGUGAAAUACUCAUGGAACUGCUCAAUUUGUGCAAAAAGUGUAAAAAAAUUAUUCUUAUUGGAAGAAUUAGUGUUUUGUGUUCUCACAUAAAUAUUAUUGAGAAUGAAGUUAAACAAAGUUAAAAAAAAGAUUUCUGCAUUCUAAAUAUCAAAAAUAUUCUAAUAAUUACAAAAGAACUUUAUGUCUUUGAAUGCAGAUUUUGAAGGUAUAAAUUCUGUUUUGACUCGACAAUUUUGUGAAUGAAAAAAAACAUAUUUUUACGUUAUACAUGAUCGACCUAAUCAUUAAAAAUAUUAGAUAUUUUUUUUUGUGUCGAUAUAUUGUUGCGUUUAUCAGAAUUAACAAUGACUUCCUGAGGUAAUUAUCGUGAGAUAAAUGGACGCAUGUAUAAAAAUUAAUUGAGCUGUAAAUAGAAAAUCGUGUAAUGUGCAAACUGUAAACGAUUUAUUCGAUUAUCAGCAAAAAUGCAGUACUAAUACUAAUACUUUAAAUAGUAAUAUUCAUAAUUUUUAAAUUACAUUGUAAUAUAGUCUAUUAUUCGAUUCCUAUGAAUAUUAUAAAUAAGUCUCACAAAUAAUAUUGCUGUGGAAUUGGAACGUUAUUAUCAUUAUUAAGAAUAAUAAACAUUAUUAACAGCGAAAAAAAUACAAAUCCAAAGAUCAAUAUUAAAUUCUUUUUAAAUAUACUGAAUUCAAUGGAUUAUUUAUCGAUAUUGAUAAACAUAGGAACGUAUAUUUAUUUAUUAAUAUUUAUUAUUGCUCGCACUUAUUUCGAAUAUUGUUGAAAAAAAUUAUAUCAUUAUUUAGAAAAGAUAUGAUUAUAUACAAAACAUAAUGGGCUGUUUAAUUUGUGCAUAUAAGAUAAUAUGUAUUACAUAUUUAUGAAUAUGUACUCCAAUUUACUUAUCGUCUUUUCUGAAAUCUUUUAAACAAAAAACAAAUUAUAGGUUGUUAAUCUUGCCUCAGUAGCACAUAAGACGAUAAUAAUUUAAUACGAGAUUUCUAUAAUAGAGGCAAUUGAAAUUUGAUAGGACAACUUGAAUAUGAUAAAAAUAUAUUACAAAUAAUAUUUGAUAAUCUAUAUAAAUAAUUUAAUAAUUUUAAAAGAAUUUUAUCGAUGUAAAAUUAUUUAUAAAUAUUUUUAAUUUUCUUUUCUAUGUUGUAAUUAAAUUUUUUAUCUUCUAAAAUUUUUAUUUUUCCGAAAAAUGCUUUAAUUCUACUGCAAUUUUAAAUAAAUGAAAUAGUCUGAUUAAAACGAGUUGAAACUGAAGUAAAGAGUGAAAAUAAAAAAAACAAUAAUUUUUUAUUAUAUGCAUAUUUUACGUAAAAUUAUUAAAUUAAACCCAUUUUAAAAGUAGACUAAUAAUAGGAUAGAAAAAGCUAGGUAUCUUGUUUUAUAUAAUCCGAUUUCGAGUAAGCUUUAUGCAUUACAAAUGAAAUCUAUUGAAAGGAUAAAAAGAAAAGUUGAAAAAAAAAUAUAUAGUCUCAAGUUUUUUCCUAUUGGAAAAAAGAUUUUUUUUAAUAUUUAUGUGCGUACAUCUUCCGUAAUAAAAAUUCAAAAAAAUCGAACGGAAGAGAAUACUGUUUGACGGACUGAACGAAAUAUUUUAUAGAUUAUAGUGCAUAGGUAGUCAAAAAUAAAAAUUUCAUUGUAAGGGGAUAUUAAUUUUUGUAAAUAAAACUCGUUAUAAGAAGGAUAUAGUAGGAAAUGUAAAAUGAAAAAUUAUACAUGCGCUACCGUGCAUUCGCACAUUUAUAAGGGAUUGUGUACGCACAACUCUCGUUCUAGUUAAUAUCACAUCAAUAUAAAAUUUAGUCAAUUAUGAAAUUACAUAAAGAAAAGGAAAACUGCAGAUAAUUUUAUGAAAAUUAUGUAUAUGAAUAUAUAAUAUAUGCAUAUUUAUAUAUGAAUAUGUAAAUAUAUGCAUAUUUAUAUAUUUAUAUAAAAUAUAACAUAUACAUAUGUGUAUAUCAUUUUUUAAGAACACAAUUAUGUUUUAAGUAUAUCACAAUUACAAGAUGGGAAAAUUAUAAACAUUCCUAAAGAUACUGUUGUGCUGCAUUAAAAAGUAGAUAUAACUUGUAUUCACAAAUAAUUAUUUUUUUUGUUUGUUUGUAGUUAUACAUGAUAUCUUCUUUGCUCAUAUUAAUCGCCAUUUUUUGGCUUUUCCUGUUGUGACUCGUUCACAUUUGUCGAAUUUUUAUAUCGAUCGAUAUAUAUGUAUAUACACAUAUAAUGUAUUAUAUAUAUUAAUAUACAUAUGGAUUUAUAUUUAUAUAAUUAGAGAAUUUGCAGUGAGAGAAUUUGCAGUUUUUUGAAUUUUCUCAAAAUUAUUAAACUAAAUUAUAUAAAUUUGCGAACUAUUCGAUAUGUUCAUAAAUAAAACUUUUAAUUUAAAAUGAGAAACUCUCUUUUAUAUAAACAAUUCACAAUAACUUUUAUAUGAAUUUUUAUUAUCACUGUAAAAAUUAAUUUUUAUUUUUAAAAAGAAAAAAUUUCUUUAUAAUAAUAAGAAAAAUAGUUAUAUCAGAAAAUUAGAAAAUUAAUAUGAAAAUAUAGAAUUAAUAAUUAAUGUAAUCAUCUCUUUUACUGCAAAUCUUUCAAUUUGUUUUAAAAAUAUUUAUAUUAAUAUUUCAUAAUAUUGAUUUGAAGUUUUUCUUCAACUUUAUUUGAGUGAUUUUUAUCAUUACCAGCUAAAAUUUUUUUGUACCACACAUUUUUUUUAUAAUGUAACUAUUAAAAUAUAUACAGAAAUACAAGAAGCCAUUCUUUCAUAAUCAAACUUCAUUUAUAAAUCAAUUAUAAAAUCGAUUUUCAUUGGUAUAUAUGAUUUUGUAGGAAUAAUAUAUACAUAUAUUCGUAUCGAGAUAUUUAUAAAUUAUUGUUAAGUCAUCUUUCGUUUAAUUGAAAAAAUAGACGAAAAAAAUUUACACAGUCACACAUAUACACGUUUACAUAAUCACACAUGCAUGUAUGCACUCAUGCACUGGCGCGCGCGACCGGUCAUCUGAUAAGGAUUUCGUGCUUUUAAUAGACGCACUUAUACACUCAAAGACAUUAAGAGAGAAAGAGACUCAUAUAUAGAUACAAUUAUUAAAAAAAAUGCGAUUAUCAUCAAUAAAAACUACACGUCAAAUAUACACCCUAUCGAUGAACGGUUGACUUUGCGGAAUUACAUAUUUGUUAUGUAAAGUAAAUGUAAUCAAUUGGUUAAAUGGAAGCUUUUUCACCAAUAAAAAGAAAUCAGUUAAACAUUUAAAAA